AUCAAGUGGUUUAUAUUUCUUAUUUUGUGAAAUUUCCUAAUAACCCUGUGAGGUGGGUUAAUUAUUUUUUUUAAUCGCCAUUUUCCAACUGAGGAAACUGGGACUCAGCGAUUAAGUACCUUGUCACAGAUGAUAAGCAGAAGACCUAGAAUUCAAGCCCUGGGCUUCCUGACUUCCAAGUUUAUGCUCCUUGUCAUAUAUAGCUCAGCCUCUCUGUGAUAGAAUACACCUGAACAUUCUUAGUACUUUACCUGGUCAUAUUGGGUGCUCAGUAAGUGUGUUUCCCUUUCUUCUAUCAUCUUUUGUCUUCCUUGGGGAAAUAUGUAGAUAGCAAGUGCCAUCUCAGGGAGAGGAAGGGCGUCUCAGGGUGGACUUCCCUCUCACUCCUUCUACCCUCACUGGGGUCCCUUAUGUACCUUUGAGUGCUUGGUUCUGUCACCUUCAGCAACUACCAUUACUCAAGUUCAGUAGUUCUCAGCUGGAGGCAGUCAGGUCCCCACACUGAGACAUUUGAAAACAGGGAGGAUACCUUUUGGUUAUCAGAAUGAGUAGGGGGCACCUUUGGCAUCUAGUGGUUGGGAUGGGCCGGGAUGGUAAAGUUCUGCAAUGAACCCAUGCAAAAUAGCAAUGAUGUCUAUUCCCUUUGAGAAAGUCAGGGCCAUGACUGUCUUCUUGCUACCAUCCCUCCAUGCUGGCACAGUACCUGUCCCUCCGUAGAUGCUUAAUACAAAUCUUUGUUCUCCUUGCCACCCUUCCCAUUUUCUGUAUCUCUCUUCUCCCACUGGAGGUUCUGAAAGAGAGUUGUCCAGCUUGCCUCUAAUUCUAAUUUCUGGAGGCCUUAUAUAGCUCUGUCUCAUCUAUAUUCCAAUCCUCUUUCCUUCCCCUCUUUUCAAAAUGUUCAACAAUUUGGAGGCCCACAGCCCUUAUGAAUGCCUUCUAACUUGAUCAGGGAUGAUUUACUCUUUUAGUAAAGCUCAAAGACAUGGCUUUCUAGAGUAAUCUUACGUAGAAACUUUUUUCUUUUAAAGUGGAUUUAAAUACCCUAAAAAGGUAUUAGGUCGAUGGCCUCAGUGAAUGGAUUGUGACGUGAUUAACUCUAAGUGAUCUGGUUUUGGCCCAGGCGGCAGCAGUGGCCCUGGCUGGCUUUCCCUCUCAGACCCAUGAAGCUACAGUCUGGAUCGGGUGGAGGAAGGGAGAGGCCCCUUAAGAAACCAAGGAGGAAAACGCUAAAAGCUUGAGGUCUGACCAGUUUCAUCAUUCUCGCUGACAUGUCAGGAAAGCUGGUACUGUGUAAAUCAAGGACUCUACUUCACUCCAGGACAGAUAACCUAGUAAAGAGGAGUCAAAACUGGAAUCCCAGGAGAUGUCUGUGCCCUGAUUCCAGCUCCAGAAUCGUAGCAUGAAGCGGCAGGGUGGCGGAUAUCUGUGGUUGGAUAUUUUCAGAGUUCAUUGCUUUUAUUUUCUCACUGAUUUCUUUGAUAAGACCCCUAGCUCCUUUCUCUUUUAUAAAUUUCAGAUAGGAGGUUCUCUUCCCAUCCUGGGAAUUCCCCACUCUAAUCCACUCAGGCUCUCUCACUUUUGAGAGCAUAUUAGGGAAUUAAGAAGUCUUAAAGUUCAUUUUCAUUCUUUCUUAAUUAAAAAUCACUCUCUACAGAGUAGCACAGCUUAGGACUGAUCAGGAAGGGCUGAGAAGGAUCACAAGGCAGAGAAAUUUGGUGAAGGUCAAAAGAGCUAGCAUUUACUUAGCACCAGCUAUGUGCCAAGCAGACUACCUAUCAUGUAUCACAUUCUAAUCUUUCUCCAGAUCCAUGAAGGAGUAUAUUAGUCAGGGUAUACUAGCCUAUGCUUUAAUAACAAACAACCUUCAAAUUGCCAUUGCUUAAAAAAAAAGAAAAAGGAAAAAAGAAAGAAAACAAGGAUUUAUAUCUUAUUUCCAUUACAUGGUUCAACUGUAGCUUUGUUCCAGGUCAUCUUAACUUUAGACCUGAGGCUGACAGAAUAGCUAUUACUGGAAAUGUUUCAGGUUGCUAUGGCAGGGGGAUAGAAAAUUAUGCAAAAUCAUGAACUACUUCUCAAAGAUUCCACAAGGAAAUGACACGUGUCACAUAUGCUCACAUUUUGUUGGCCAAAGCAAGUCUCAAGGCCAUGCCUACAUAUAAAGGGAAGAGAGAAAUGCAAUCCAACUAUAUGUGCAGAAGGAGAGCUAGAAACAUUUGGUCGGUAAAGUGUUAUUAUAGCUGAGAAAAUGGAUGCUUAGGAAAGUCAGUAGGUGGUAGAGUUGGAACUCCAAGCUGAGUUUUGUGACUUGGUCUCCUGGGCUCUCUACUCUCCUACAGCAGGUGCGUUCUAUAAGCACAUUGUCACAUACGUGGUGCUGUACCUUCUCUCCAAAUAAAGUGUCCCUGGGGCUUAAGAAGGAAGUGUGCACAUGCACCUGGGUAUGAACAGGUUAGAGUCAAAUCAAAGUUAAUGUGACUCAGCCUUUACUUUAUUGUACCAAUUUCUACUCUCUGUAAAGGUCUUUACCACACUUGGCAUGAAAUCAUUAUGUAAUAGAAGUUUCAUCUUUGAACACAUGCCAGAUUUUUGUUUUUAAUCAUAGUUUCAAGUAAAACAGGUUUCUUUGCUUAUUGCUUUUAUUUGCUAUAUAAUGAGAAAAGGGCCACUCUGCCCUUAGUAUGGCAAGGCUGCUGCCUGGUGGAUGUUCAAAGUCCAGGGGAAAGGAUGUCCCAGUUUCCCUCUAUUACUUUCAAGACAAUCUCUAGAAAAAAAAAACAUCUUGCUCAAAGAAACAAAAUAACAAGACUGAUUCUACCAGCCCUUAGAAAAUCAAUCCCAAUAUUUCAUCUCCUGGAGCCCAGACGAAAGGCUAUGCUAUGUUAGUUCUUCUCAGACUUUUCUAAUCCAAGUACCCCUAAUGGGAGAGAAAAAAAAUCCCAAGUGGUCUACCACAGGUGCAAUUUCAGACUUUAACCAGUCCUGGGUGCGUGCGUAUAGGUUUGCAUUCUGCUCCAUAAUAUAUCCACAUUUGUUUGCAUGUAAAAUGUUUUAAAUCACUCACCACUACAUAAAAUCGAUAGGCCAGAAAAAUAUACUUAUUCUUGAUUUUCACCACUCCCUAGGAACCUGACCUCAAGCCUUCCCCAUCCAUGAAUAACAAUAUGCUUAUCACCUGAAAAUGGACCCCAGAGGGGCAGGGAUAAGGAUUACUUUUAGGCUGGGGAUAUGGGAGGUUUCCCUUGGCAGCUAGAGUACCCCUAGAAACCAGGAGAGGAUAAAGGUGAGAAAAGGAGGAAGAGGACGGGGGAGCCUGGGUGGCUCAGUUGUUAAGCGUCUGCCUUCGGCUCAGGUCAUGAUCCCGGGGUCCUGGGAAAGAGCCCGCAUUUGUGAUGCUUCACAGGGAGCCUGCCUCUCCCUCUCCCUCCCCUCUGCUCUCCCCCCUGCUCCUACACUCUCUCUCUCAAAUAAAUAAAUAAAUAAAGUAUUUUUUAAAAAAGGAGGAAGAGGGGCGCCUGGGUGGCUCAGUUGGUUAAGCGACUGCCUUCGGCUCAGGUCAUGAUCCUGGAGUCCCGGGAUCGAGUCCCACAUCAGGCUCCCUGCUCAGCAGGGAGUCUCCUCCCUCUGACCCUCCUCCCUCUCAUGUUCUCUUGUCUCUCAUUCUCUCUCUCACAAAUAAAUAAAAUCUUAAAAAAAUAAAUAAAAAAGGAGGAAGAGGAGGGAUGGGGAGAAGGGAGAAGAGGACCAUGAAAUGGUAGCUGGAGGCAAAGAGAAGCCAGGACAGUAAGGCAGCAAGUUACAAACAUGGCUUUAAAAAGCACACGGAAAGAACUGAAAACUAAUUUAUUAAGUCAUUUGCUAAAGAAUAACAUUUUUAUUGGUUAUAUUUCCUUAUCCAUUAAAAAAGCAAAGUGCUUUACCUGAAGCACAGCUAGCUAGAAUCUAAGCAAAUUAUUUAACCUUGCUGGUUUCUGAGCCAUAGAGCAGAAACUCAAGUGCUGCUCAGCCUAAUGAGUAUAUAGUUUGCAAAACUCUUUGAAGACAGAGAGUGCAACUGAAGUAUUAUGUAUUAUUAAAUAAAAUGGCUAUUUAGGAAGGGAACUCUCCAUUAGCAUUAUAUGUGCCUUAACUAGUGGUCAACACCUGGUAGAGCUAGAAGUCAAAAAUUUUUUGACAUAAGGGACCCAGGCACUGAUCACUUAAAAUAGAAAAUAAGAGAACAAAGAAACAAGCCCGGGCAGUGACAAAUGGCAGGCAGCAUUAAGGCAUUGGCUUGUUUCAGAGAGAGAUUCCUGAGCUAAAGAAGGCCUCAUUUACUGGAAUGGAAAAAUGUAGGGCCAGGAAAUUGCUCAGAGGUCUUCUGUCUCUUCCUGUGCACAUGGAGGUGCACUGUGCUACUGUUUUGGAUCAGAAUCUCAGUUUUGGAAAUAGCCUGAGUUGUGUCCUUGGAAAGUGAGGGGGUUAUGUGGUGUAUUUAUGUGCGAUGAAGGAGGGGGAGGAGGAGAGGAUGUUGGGAGGAGACAUUUAGAUGCUCUCUGGAACCAAACCAUUUCCUUGGGCCUCAUAGACAGUUACCAGAAUGACACUGGGAAACUGGACAGAUGAUCCAGGCUUAGGGAACCUCUAAGAUUCCUGAACCAGCUCCAAGGUAGAGCCAAGUCAGCCUGCUGACAACAAAGGCCACUUCUGAACGUUCAGACUAGAUGGCUGAUUUCAAGCCUGCCUAUUUCUCAGCAUGGGCUGAGUCUUGGUUUUUCAUUCAACAAAUGUCUAUUAACCGAUUCCAGCAGAUACUGUUUUAGGCACUGGGGAUAUAUCAGGAAACAAAAGACAAACAUCUCUGUGCUUAUGGAGCCUGCAUUCUAGUGGACGGAAACAGACACUAAAUAAAAUAAAUACGUUACAUAUUAAAAGGUAUGGAGCAUUACAAAGCAGGAAAAGAGAGUGAAUAGGGAGUACGAGUGCUGAGGGGGGCAGGGUUAGGGUGGCCUCAAUGAAAAGGUUGUACUGCACAAAAACUUGAAGGAAGCAAAAGAGAGAACCAUGUAGAUAUCUGAGGAAGAGCUCUCCAGGUAGAAAGAGAAGCAAGUGCCAAGAUCUGCAAGUGGGAGACUGCUUUCUGUGUGUGGGAAACAACCAAAGGCCAGUGGGGUUGGGGUGGAGUAAGCAAUGGAGGGUGUGGUAGGGUAUGCUCUCGGGGCGGGGGGCGGUAAGUGUAUCAUGGAUAGCCUUGGAUGCCACUGGGUGGACUUUGGCUUUUCUUUUUUCUUUUGUUUUUUUUUAAGAUUUAUUUAUUUAUUUGAGAGAGAGAGAGAGAGAGAGCACCCAGAGGGAGAGAGAGAGGGAGAGGGAGAAGCAGGCUCCCCGCUGAGCAGGGAGCCUAAUGCAGGGUUCCAUCCCAGGACCCUGGGAUCAUGACCUGAGCUGCAGGCAGAUGCUUAACCGACUGAGCCACCCAUGCAUCCCUACUUUGGCUUUUAUUCUAAAAUAAAAGAUGGCGGGAAAAUUUUAGGCAGGGGAGUGACAAGAUCUGACUUACAUUUUAAUAGAAUCAAUUUGACUAUUGUGUUGAGAGUAAGCUAAAGGGAUCCAAAGUUUGGAAAUGAGGAGAAGAUCUAGGACGCUAUUAGGAAGUGAUUUUCCACUGAUUUUAGAGUAAAAGCCAAAGUUUCUGGGGGCGCCUGGGUGGCUCAGUAGGUUAAGAGUCUGACUCAUGAUUUCUGCUCAGGUCAUGAUCUCAGGGUCAUGAGAUCCAGCCCCACGUCGGGUUCUGGGCUUAAUGGGGAGUCUGCUUGGGAUUCUUUCUCUCUCCUUCUGCCCCUUCCCCGGCCCUCUCUCUCUAAAAAUAAAUAAAUAAAUCUUUACCAAAAAAAUAAGCCAAAGUCCCUAGAAGAAGCCUGUUGUGGUAUGGGCCAGGGUAGGGGCAGUGCAGGUGGUGAGAAAUAGCUGGAAUCUGCAUGGACAAUGAAAACAGAACCCAGAGAAUUUGGUAAUCCAUAUACUUGGGCACUUAGGAGGUCUGUCCAGGACUAUGUCAGUGAGCUGUGAAGGAAUGGUUAUGAAGGAUGUAUCCUCUUCCCUUCUAGUAAAGGAAGAAGAGGCAGGAUUCUUGUUGGUUCAACCACCUUGCCUUUUGUCCUUUUUCCUUCAUGUAAAUUGAGGGCCUAUUUUGUGCCAAGCACUGUGCUGGGAUAUAGCAGUGAAUGUAAAUAGGAUCACUGCCCUUACAGAGCAAACAGUUUACAAAGGGAGUCAGAUGUUAAGUGCAUAAUCACACACAUAAAUGUAAAAUGACUACUCUGAUAUACGCUGUGUCAAAAUUGGUUUAUCUGCCCUGGUCAGGAGGUGCUGAGGAAAGAACACUCGAGCUGCGAUCUGAAUGAGACACAUGCCAACCAUGGACAAAGAUGGCAGAGGGAGGAGAAGAGUGUCCUAGGCAAUGGGAAUGGCAUGUACAGAGGUUCUGGAGGGAGGGGGAGCACAGCAUGGAUGAGGAACUGAGAGAACGCCAAUGUGAGUAAAAUGCAGAGAGUUUGGGGAACAUGAGCAAAAUGCAGCUGGAGAAAUGGACAGGGUCAGACUGUUGGGCUUGUGGGCCAUGUUCAGAUUUUGAACCUCAUCCUGGAAUCAAUGGGAAACAGCUGGAGGCCUUAAAGCAGGGGAAUGAUGGUCCUAUGUGCUUGCUGAGUGGAGUAAGAGUGAUGCGGAAGGCCAAGUACGAGACAAAGGCAGAAGCUCAGGAAAAUUGCCAAGGAUGCAGAAGGAAAUGAAGAUGAUCAAAGAUGAGGAUGUGCAUUUCAAUUUGGGUGUGAAGAGAGCCCCCUCCUUUCCCCACUGCCUGCAGCCAGUGGUUUCCCGAGGGAAAGCUCCCCAAAGACACCCCUUCCCAGAAGCUCUCCGGGGGCCUUUUUCCCAAUUUCGGUAUGAACCUCCUCCGGGACACCUAGAUGGAUUCCCGGGGGUCUUUGAAGGAGGAGGGUCUCGGAAACGGAAGAGCAUGCCCACCAAGAUGCCCUACAACCACCCUGCAGAAGAAGCCCCUCUCGUCCUCCAUGAGGAGAGCAAAAACCACGGCCCUCCGAACCUCUCUCUGCUCUUCCCGCAGCCCCCGCGCCCCAAGUAUGACUCGCAAAUGAUCGACCUGUGCAAUGUGGGCUUCCAGUUCUACCGCACCCUGGAACACUUAGGGGGCAGGCCCGUCAAGCAGGAGCCCGUGAAGCCCAGCGCCGUAUGGCCCCAGCCGACCUCCGCUCCGUUCCUGCCCACGCCCUACCCCUACUACCCCAAGGUGCCGCCUGGCCUCAUGUUCCCCUUCUUCAUGCCCUCGGCCUCCCCCUUCCCCUUCAGCCGGCACACCUUCCUGCCCAAGCAGCCCCCGGAAGCGCUGCUGCCGCGCAAAGCCGAGCCUCAGGAGAGCGAGGAGACCAAGCAGAAGGUGGAGAGGGUGGACGUGAACGUGCGCAUCGACGACAGUUACUACGUGGACGUGGGCGGGGCGCAGAAGCGCUGGCAGUGCCCCACCUGCGAGAAGUCCUACACCUCCAAGUACAACCUGGUCACCCACAUCCUGGGCCACAGCGGGAUCAAGCCGCACGCGUGCACCCGCUGCGGGAAGCUCUUCAAGCAGCUCAGCCACCUGCACACCCACAUGCUGACCCACCAGGGCACGCGGCCCCACAAGUGCCAGGUGUGCCACAAGGCCUUCACGCAGACCAGCCACCUGAAGCGCCACAUGAUGCAGCACAGCGAAGUGAAGCCGCACAACUGCCGCGUGUGCGGCCGCGGCUUCGCCUACCCCAGCGAGCUCAAGGCCCACGAGGCCAAGCACGCCAGCGGGCGCGAGAACAUCUGUGUGGAGUGCGGCCUCGACUUCCCCACUUUGGCCCAGCUGAAGAGGCACCUCACCACGCACCGGGGGCCCAUCCAGUACAGCUGCUCCGAGUGCGACAAGACCUUCCAGUACCCGAGCCAGCUGCAGAACCACAUGAUGAAGCACAAGGACAUCCGGCCCUACAUCUGCUCCGAGUGCGGCAUGGAGUUCGUGCAGCCCCACCACCUCAAGCAGCAUUCCCUCACGCACAAGGGCGUGAAGGAGCACAAAUGUGGGAUUUGUGGGCGGGAGUUCACUCUGUUGGCCAACAUGAAGAGACACGUGCUGAUCCAUACCAACAUUCGCGCCUACCAGUGUCACCUCUGCUACAAGAGUUUUGUGCAGAAACAGACCCUCAAGGCACACAUGAUCGUCCACUCUGACGUGAAGCCUUUCAAAUGCAAGCUGUGUGGGAAGGAAUUCAACCGGAUGCACAACCUAAUGGGUCACAUGCACCUGCACUCUGACAGCAAACCCUUCAAGUGUCUCUACUGUCCGAGCAAAUUCACCCUAAAGGGGAACCUGACACGUCACAUGAAAGUCAAGCACGGGGUCAUGGAGCGGGGCCUCCAUUCUCAAGGUUUUGGAAGGGGGAGAAUUGCCCUGGCCCCGACGGCAGGAGUGCUCAGGAGUCUGGAACAAGAGGAGCCCUUUGACCUUUCCCAGAAGCGUGGGGCAAAGGGGCCAGUGUUCCAGUCAGAUGGGGAGAGCGCCCGGGGCAGCCCCUGCCAUGAGGAAGAGGAGGAGGACACCAGCUAUGAGGUGGAGCAAGACAGCCCGGGCCUGGCCCCACAGAGCAGGCAGCCCUGCACACCCCACGAUCUACCCACCCAGCCCGAGCCAGCUCCCAGGGCACUCGAGGACCCCUGUGAGGAGGAAGAGGAGGACGACGACGAGGACAAGCCCAAAGGAGAGCACCAGGAGAGGAGCAAGGACAGCCUUGGGGCAGAGGGCAGCCCGGAGAGAGAAUUCGCCCUCAGAGAAGAGUGUCUCCACCUCAGGGCUCUGCAGAGUGCCCGGAGGGGCCCCUCCUUUUCUGAUUACUUGUACUUCAAGCACAGAGAUGAGAGUUUAAAAGAAUUACUGGAGAGGAAAAUGGAAAAACAAGCAGUGCUUUUAGGCAUCUAAGUGGACAGUUUUCAAAUUGCAUUUGGAAAAUGAGAACUAGGCAGUUCAAAUAUAGCUUUCUGCAUGAGUUGUCAUUUGCUGGAGACUGGCAAAUGGUGCAAAUCUUUAUAAAUGGCUCAGACUACAUGAGCAGGGAUUUGUCCUCAGUAAUGUAAAUGCUUCUCAGGUCUUUCCUUGGCCCCUUGAUUUCUAACACACAUGCAGGGUCCUCUUCAGUGCUAUUUUAUGCAUCUCCACUAUAAUAGACUGUACAUAUUCUAGAGACCUAAUUGUAAGCUGAUGCUGAGGUGCUUUUAGAAAUUCUAUUUUCCUUUGACUAAUAUGCAAUACAUGGGAAAUUUUUUUUAGUUGCAAAAAUAUGGUGCUUGACACGUUACCUUAUCAAUGAUGAUUUAGUUGAAUGUGUGCAAGUUACCAUAUUUUUCCAGAUAGAUGAAAACAUUCCUAGUUGUAUAUAUGAAAAUCACCUUUAUUAAAUAAGCCAACAUACCAGAAAUGACAAGAAGAGUGAGGUAUAGAAGAGGAUAUUCUCAAGUGGUUGCUGCAGAUAUAAGAGAGAAGUUUAAGAAAAUAUGAAUAAUUUCAACUAAUGAAAAACCAGCAGUUCUGAGCUUCCUGCCUGGGUCUGCCUUGUUCUGCUCCAGCUGCCUUCAUCAGAUGUGGCAUUUGGAGCGUAUUGUCAGAUGGCCCCAAAGUGGUCAGCGUCUGCAGGCUCACCCCUUGUGUCCUGAGCAGAGCUCCUUCCUGGAGACCUUGUUCUGAGGCCCCGUGCCCCAUAAAGUAGCUGCAGGAAGAGCUGUCGCCUUGAGCAGUGGCUUUCUCCUCAGCGCGGGAGCUGGGGGCGUGGUCGGGAAGUCUUGCAAUCUGAGUGCUGCUUCUUUAGAAUAUUAGAAUCACCAUCAGCUAAUUACUGCUAAGGGAGAUUCUGGACUGUGUUCUCAAUGCUGCCUGCGCAGUAGAAUCAUCUAGGGGAACUUUAAAAAAAAAUACCAAUGCUGAGGCCUCAAGCUCUGAGAUUCUGAUUUAAUUUGGUCUAGAGUGGAGCCCCAACUUUGGUGUUUUUUAAAAGGUUCCCCCUGAUGAUUCUUCUGUGCAGGAGGAUCGAGAAAGACUGACUGGGCUAAUAGGGUGGCUCUCUUGGACUCCAGGAGUAUGUGUUUCUGGCUUCAGACUCAUUAAAAUGUGGAGCAGGAGACCUUGAAAUCAUACUGCUGACCUAGGGCUUCUUACCUGUUCCAUAAGACCCUCACAAGGACACAAACACACGCAUGCAUGUGCAUGUGUGCACACACACACACACACUCACACACUCACACACACUGUAUAAACACACACUCUUUGUAUUAGAAGAUGAUGCCUGUGAUGUUUAUGGUCACCUAAUAUGUUUAAAAAUAUAUAGCCAGCCUACAGUGACUCAUUAUUUCUUCCUAGAUGCUUGAAUCAUGACUCUAGUGAGUGGCCAUGACUGUCAUGGGUGGGCUGAACCCAGCCAGUAGGCUUUCCUUAGGCACCAGUGCCAAGUAAAGCAGUGCUCACGGGAUGUUGCAGAUCUGUGACUGACCAUAAGCAGUAACCCUCUGGUACUGUGUCUGUGUUUAUGUAAAAACUGCCUCUUGGUUAGUAGUUUCAACUCUUUAUUUGUAGAGUGAGGUACUGUUUAUUGUGUUGCUUUCUCUCCUCCUAAAGUUCCAGUACAUUUCUUGAGAAGACCUGGCCCGUGUCUGACUGCUGGAUGUCAGCUUUUUCUCUUGGCCAAGGUGCUUCCCCCGACACUCACUGACUUCUAAUCAUCCCCCCAUGGGCUUUGUCAAUCCCUGACGCAUUUCUCCCGCCCCCCUCGCCUAAAGCUCUUUCCUUCAGCCUCACCACCACUGCAAAUGCCAAAGCUGUUUGGGUUUCCUACCGCCACCUGUGUGCUGAGGUCAGGCUCCUGCAAAGGGGAUGCUGAAGGAAAUAGUUUGGGUUUCUGUGGGUACAAGCCCAACUCUGUGCCAGGAAAGUGUCCCAAGUCCUUGGAGGGGUGACUUGCCUUCCAGUCAUUAUUGAUAUAGUUCAUUAGUGCCUCUGAUCAAAUCAUGCAGGAGGCUGGCUGCAUGGUCUGUGAGGCCUCCAGCUGUCAGGGUCCCAUUACAAGUUCAUUCUUUCAGUAGCCUAUAGUAGUUGAAGACAUACUUCCAGUGUGUUCUGGGCAUGCCUCGCCAGAACCAGGAAAUCUAGAAUAGCAAGCUCUAGUCUUUUCCAACCAAAUGAAUCACAUGGGAAUGUUUGAGGAUCAAGUUCAUGUUGAGAUGGAGAGAGUAUGGUCUAGAAUGAUGGUUUCCAAAUUGUGGAUCAAGGAGCCAGAGGUCCCUCUUAGGUCCCUCCAAAGCUGCUAGAGGAGAAGGAGAAACUCUCAGCCCUCACACCCUCUUCACUCAAAGUGGCUCACAUUUCAUCUGUUUUUCAUGUUAGCCUUUCAAGUAAAAUUUCAUUUUGAGGGGAAAAAAUGCCUAAGAAAAGUAAUUUAAAAAGUGUUAGGAAGUGUAUUAUAAAGCCUGUUUUUAGUUCUUGACUCUGGGUAUGAGAGACUUAAUUAGCUCUAGCCUGAUGAUAAAUAUAAAAUAUACACUGACCUUGUGAGAAUUAAGGCUAAAAUCUUGGUUUUGUAUGUUGUUGAGUGACCACCAUCCUGACUUGCCUGGACCAACCCUGGUUUAUACCUUUGCCCCAAGAUCAUUGCUAAGAGUAUUACCUCAACUCUCAGAAGUAUCCCAGUUUGCGUGAGAAAUUACAUGGAUACCUCAUGUGUAAGUGCAGAGCUAAGGGAAGGUUGGCCAACCUUGCCUACUGGGCUAAUUAAUGAGAAUGCAAACCUGAAGGACAGCACGGGGGGUCACCCUGAGAGAACUGAGGGGCAAAACCGUCCAAGGUUAUCAGCACUCUAAGGGCUAGGGCAGCAUAACAUUCACCCUCUUGUGACACUCUGAAAAUAGGUCACUCCCGAAAGCUUUCCAGACUUUUGACCGCUGUCACUCUGAAACAGCCAACUGACCAGCCAAGUGGCGUAUUUCUCUUUUAUCCUUUUUAUUCAGGCCUAUGACCACCUCCCUCUUUUUGCCUUCUAAUUCCUCUCUCAUUCUUUCUUUUUUAAAAAAUUUGACUCCCCAUUGGCCAUGAGACUGAGGCUGACCUUUCAUAACCCCACAAGGGUAACUGGUAUAUUUGUAUAUGAGUAGCGGCAUGAGAAAGUCCAAUGUGCAUACUGUAUUUAUUAAGCCCUAAAGACAUUUAAUAAAAUAUUAACAUCGCAUUUUGAAUCAUGAUCUUUGUCUGCUUUGCUGGAACAAAAUGUAACAGAGCUAACAUUUAAAAUCCUUCGCAUAUUUGGACAACAUUACACCAAAUGUUGAUUUUGUACAGAAUUCUGGCUUGCUAUUUAAAUAUGAAAACUCCAAGUAUGUAGUAACCCAAGUUGUGAAUAUUGCUUUCUGCUUCAGUGGAAAAGCAGUUUACCUGAAAAUAGCAUGUAACCUAUAUUUUGUUAAUUUAAGCAAAUAAAGACAUGUUGAAAAGGC